CCCAGCUGACCGCGCCUUCCAAUUGGAAGUCGCCGGAGGCCGGCCUUCCCAGGAAGCGCUAGUUGCGCACGCGCAGUCUUUCGGAAGUGACGCGAGGUUGUGCGCUGCUUCCCCCUCCCCUCGCCGACACCGGAAGUUCCUCGUGCCUGUGCAUCCUAAAGAGAAGCUGCGUAGUUCAACUUUGGCUUUUUUUAAAGUGUGAAAAUGGAGUCUAAGAAGGAGCUCAUUAGUGACCAGCGGUUUUCCCGCAUUACAAAAGACCCAAGAUUUUGGGAAAUGCCAGAAAAAGAUCGCAAAAUCAAAAUUGAUAAAAGAUUUCAGGCUAUGUUUCAUGAUAAAAAAUUCAAGUUGAGGUACACUGUGGAUAAGCGAGGGCGGCCUGUUCAACACAGCUCUACAGAGGACCUGAGACGCUUUUAUGACCUUUCCGAUUCAGAUUCGGAUCUUUCAGAGUCUGACCAAAAAUUAACUAAGAAGAAAUCUCGGGGAGAGAAGGCAAAGACUAAAGAAAAGAGAGUAUCUGAGAAGUCUCCUGUUGAUAGUAACUCUGGGAAAGAAAGCAAAGGGACAGAUAAAAGUUCCUCUUUGUCAAAACUGGGUAUUUUAAAAAAUGAAGGCCAGAAAAGCAAAUCGUUAAAGUCCAAAAAGACUGUAAAAGGCACACAAGUGACUGAAUUUCAACAAGUAAAGGAACUUACACCAAAGAAGCAGAACAAGCAAGGCAGAAAGUAUCCUGAGAACUCGAAGAUUGUAAAGGAAAAAGCAGUGAAGAAGAGCAGCAUAGACAGUUAUGUAAACCAUAAGAGAAAUGAAUUAGGAAAGGAAGGUGAUUCUUUCAGCAACCAUAUUAAUGAACAUCGCUUGCAAAAGGAAACUUGUGAAAAUGUGGAGCACUUUGAUCUUGAUGAAUUGGAAGGUGGUGAAGAGACUGAAGAGGGAAGUGAAUCAGAAGAUAGCGGGGAUCUGGAAGAGGAAAGCACCUUGGGAGAGGAGGGAGAAAUGAGAGAAGAAAGUGGUUCAGAAGAUGAAGAAGAAACAGGAAAUGAAAGUGAGAUAGAUGAAAGCGACAGUGGGCCAGAUUUGGCAAGGGGGAAAGGCAAUAUAGAAACCAGCUCUGAUGAUGAUGAAGAGGAGGAAGAUUUGGCUGAGAUAUUUCCAAAGGAGCCUGAAGUUGAACAUGGAUGGGGAGAAUUGGCUAAAGAUGCCCCUCGUGCAGAUGCGAUCACACAUAGAUUGGCAGUUUGCAACAUGGACUGGGAUCGACUGAAAGCUAAGGACCUACUGGCUUUACUUAAUUCCUUUACACCUAAAGGUGGUUUUAUAUUUUCUGUAAAGAUCUAUCCUUCAGAGUUUGGGAAAGAGAGAAUGAAAGAGGAGGAAGUGAACGGUCCAACUGAACUAUUAAGCCUUCCUGAAGAUGUCACAGAGAAUGACAGCAUUUAUAAGGAAAAACUGAGAGACUAUCAGUUCAAGCGACUGAAGUAUUUCUAUGCGGUUGUAGAGUGUGACACUCCCGAAACAGCCAACAAAAUUUAUGAAGAAUGUGAUGGAUUGGAAUUUGAAAGCAGUUGUUCUUUCGUGGACCUGAGAUUCAUUCCAGAUGAUGUGACAUUUGAUGACGAGCCAAAGGAUGUGGCCUCAGAAGUGGACGCUUAUAAACCAAAGUACUUCACAUCUGCUGCUGUGUCGACUUCAAAGGUAGACAUCACGUGGGAUGAGACAGAUCACGAGAGAGUGACUUCCCUCAGCCGAACAUUUAAAAAAGAUGAACUUCUGGACAUGGACUUCCAAGCAUACUUGGCUUCAUCAAGUGAGGAAGAGGAGGAAGAACAGCAAGAUUUUGGUGUAAAGCGCACAACAGACACGGAUAAACAUAAGCAACAUUCCAAGGAUGAUGAAGAGCAAAUAGCAAAGUACAGAGAACUACUUAGGAGUAUCCAGGAAAAAGAAAAGAAACAUCAGGAAACUGAUAUGGAAAUGGAAAUCAAAUGGGUUCCAGGACUUAAAGAAAGCGCUGAAGAAAUGGUAAGAAACAAGUUGGAAGGGAAGGAUGCACUGACACCAUGGGAACAGUUUCUGGAUAAGAAGAAAGAGAAAAGAAAACUGAAGAAAAAACAGAAGGCGGCUGCUGACGGAACACUGACAGAAGAUGAAUGCCCAUCUGAUGUUGAUUUGAAUGACCCAUACUUUGCUGAGGAACUUGGGAAAGCAGGUUCAAAAAAGAAGUCCAAGAAAGAAGAAAAUGCCCAAGAAAAUGAAGAUGACAUGGAAAAGCAUAAGGCCGAAAUGGCUCUGCUGGUGAUGGAUGAUGAGGAAGAUGAAAGGAGACACUUCAAUUAUGACAAGAUAGUGGAGCAGCAGAACCUGAGCAAAAAGAAAAAGAAGCUAUUGGUGAAAAAGAAGGAACUGCUGACAGAUGACUUCCAGGUUAAUGUUGCUGAUGCCAGAUUCCAAGCCAUGUAUACCUCUCAUUUGUUUAAUUUGGAUCCUUCAGAUCCAAACUUUAAGAAAACAAAAGCAGUGGAAAAGAUUUUGGAGGAGAAAGCUCGUCGAAGAGAGGAAGGUUUUGCUGAGGCAGCUGGGGGAGGGAACAAUAUGGCAGAGCCUGUGGCCAAGAAAUCCAUAGAUCCUGCACUGUCGAUGCUGAUCAAGUCCGUCAAGAAUAAAACAGAACAGUUUCAAGCAAGGAAGAAACAGAAAGUCAAAUAAACAGAGCUCAAACAUUGAAGAUGGAAACUGGACUUCUGAAUAAAUCAGAGUUGAUGUUAAUUUACAGGUGAAGACCCAUCUCCAACUUUUCUGCUAAUUCAAGUUUAAAUUCUACCAAAGAGAUCUGCCAAAUUAUUUUCGGACAAGUUCACCCUAAAAUAUAUACCGUAUAUUCCGGCGUAUAAGACGACUGGGCGAAUAAGACGACACCCAACUUUUCCAGUUAAAAUAUAGAGUUUGGGAUAUACUCACUGUAUAAGAAAUACGACCCGGUGUAUAAGACGACCCCUGACUUGAUUUCCCUGGGUUAAAAAGUAGUCUUAUACGCAGGAAUAUACUGUAUGUAAUAUAGCCGAAGAUAGUUCAGACAAUUUGGUUUCAUAAAAAAAUGACCUUUAUUUCUGUCCAUAGAUGCAAGGGAGAGCAGGGUUUUAAAUCCUAUGGGGAUCCUCCACAUUCACUCUCCAACUUGCUAUCAGAAGACAGUGACAUGGUGGGAGGGCUUGGCAGUGUACUCCUGCUCUUUUUCAUGUGAUUGUUUGUCGUGCAUUCAGACAGAAUUCUCCUGAUAGGACUCAAGUCUUGGCCACUUUUAUAAUAUGCAGCUGGUAACUGAUGUUUGAGAGGUGGUAUAAACCCAGUAUGGGGAGCCUUUGGCCCUACUUACGUUGCUGAACUGCAGCUCCCACCACUCCUGGCCAUUGGCCAUGGUUGCAUGGACUGAUGAGAGUUGGAUGUAGUUCAGCAACCAAAUGGUUCCUCCUCCUUGUUAGACAAGGGUUCCCUCCCCCAAUGGUGUACUGAAUAUUUUCCAGAGUUGCAAACUUGUUAGCAAAAUGGAUCAACUGAAAACAUGGUAUGACUGCCUUAAAUGUAUGAUUUGUACAACUGUAAAUAAAACGUGAUUAUUGGUUCAUUUUAAUAAUGCUUGUGCUUGUCUGUUCUUAAAGGUUUAGGAUAGCUUGCAAAAUUUCUAGUGCUAUGUCAUUUUUGACACAGUAUGAAAUAAAAAGAAUACCCCUUCUGCGCUUAGAGCAUUAUAUGUUCCCUUUGCUUAAAAUCACCAGGUGCUAAUCUCCACUAAAGAGACUUCAUUUUCUUACUGCAUGUAAUUGGUUGAGCAAUGAAUCCAUUGGUGAAAUUGGAACAUCUAAUUGAUUUCCCCUAAUCCCCUUAGCAGGCUUGGCAGACAGAUUGC